AUCAGAUUUGAUCUUCCUGUUGGGGCAGGCAAAUAAAUGUCAGCUGAGUGAAAAGGGUGCUUUGAAGUAUUUCAGCACUGAACUUGACCUAAUUUAGAGGUGGGUGCAGUUAAGAAAGCUCGGUGGAUAUGGACACUGCCCUCUGUUAUCCAGUGGAGCUGAUCAACUGCUGGAGUGGACUCUGACCUACCCAGAAGCCACAAGUAAUUGUCAUCAGCGCGUGCAUGUUAAAACCACCAAAGGAGGUCUGUCACUAACCUCUAUGUAAGAUGACAGCAAGUCAUAUUCAACGCCUCCAGGGACUGAAAAAGCUUGCAUGACAAGGAGCAGAGUAGGAACCAUUUAGGAAGGCGGCAUCUUCUGCGAACUUUCUUCAGACCAAUCCGGCUACAUCAUGACCCUGCUCAUCCACAUGCUGGCCUGUGCCUUUGGCCUGGGCUCGUGGGUGGCAGUGAACGGUCUGUGGGUGGAGCUGCCGCUCAUCGUCAACACUCUCCCAGAGGGCUGGGAUCUCCCCUCCUACCUGACAGUCAUCAUCCAGCUGGCCAACCUGGGACCUCUGUUGGUCACCCUCAUGUACAAACUGUGGCCAGGUUGUCUCAAAGAGCGCAUUGUCAUUUACUCCAUCCUCUCCAUUGGCAUCCUCUCCUGCAUACUGCUUGCCUUAUUCUGGGACAAGACUACAACAGUGGCCGGGGCGUCACAUAGCACCGCCUUCUUCAUCAUCACCUUCUUCCUCUCUCUGGUGGACUGCACCUCCUCAGUUACCUUCCUGCCUUUUAUGAUGCAGCUUCCAGCAAAAUACAUCACCACAUACUUUAUUGGAGAGGGGCUAAGUGGUUUCAUUCCAGGCAUAGUCGCUCUGGGACAAAGUGUGGGCAUCGCCAAAUGUGUCAACUCCUCCCAAACUGCAGGAAACCAGACAGGCGUGGACACGUGGUCAUUACAUACAGAGUAUCUUCCUCCGAACUUUUCUACCGAGGUGUUUUUCUUCCUUCUAGCAGCCAUGAUGUGCAUAAGUCUGGCUGCUUUUGUUGCACUGAACAGGCUUUCUCGGACAUUCACGCUGUCCAGUGAAAACCUGGUGCCAGACACCGUUGCAUCUGUCAGCUCCGGCCUGGAGAAUCCUGGAGCAGGGACUGAUGGAGAAGGUGUAAAAUGUCAGGGUGAGGGGGCAACCCAGAGCAAGCUUCUGCUGGCUGGCCCAAAACACUCUAUGUACCAGCUGGCCUUCAUCUACUUUAUGGUGGUGUGGGUUAAUGGUGCAACCAACGGCGUGCUGCCCUCUGUGCAGACGUACUCCUGUAAGCCAUACGGGAACCUGGCCUAUCACCUCUCUGCUGCUCUGGCAUCAGUGGCCAACCCAGUGGCUUGCACCAUUGCAAUGUUCUUCAAAAACAGGUCACUGGUGUUUCUUGGCGUGCUGACAGCGUUGGGGACAGGAUUUGGCAGCUAUAACAUGGCUAUGGCAGCUAUGAGUCCAUGUCCUUUGCUUCAGGGGUCUGUGGUGGGAGAGAUGAUCAUUGUGCUCUCAUGGCUCUUCUUCACUGGAACGCUGUCUUAUGUCAAAGUAAUGGUGGGUGUCAUUCUGAGAGACCAGAGCCACAGCGCCCUGGUCUGGUGCGGAGCUGCAGCACAGAUCGGCUCGCUGGUCGGCUCGGUCACAAUGUUCCCGCUGGUUAACAUCUACCAGCUGUUUAAGUCAGGGAACUUCUGCAGCACUAAAUGUCCUUUAUGACAGUGAAUCUGAGAACUCUAGUACUGAGAGGCUGGAGACACUCUCAGGUAAAGGAAUAGUUUGUGCCAUUCUCAUAUCUGUGUGUUACAGUACGUUUUGCGCUAGAGGUGGGAGUCUAUUAGCUUAGUGUAGCAUAACAACUGGAAGAAACCGUUAGUCUCACUAAUUAACCUGUCUAUCUUGUUGAAUUCAUUCAAAAAUCAAGAUGUAAAAAGGUUGUGGUUUUACAGUGAGUUUUUAACUUUCUUGGCGACAGUUGGAGUGUUGUUUAUUGGAUGGAUAUAAUAAAGUAAAACACAUUUAAGCUUUAGUACGUAACUUUUUGAUAUUAAUAAAUGUCACAAACAUCAUGUUACAUUCAAGCCAUUAUCAAGUUGAUACAAAACUAAUAAAGACUAUCAGCUCCACACAACUCUCUCUGUAUUUCUCAGUAUGGCUAUGUUCAGAAGAUUGGCCCAAUCCCAAAGUCCGGACUCACAGACUCGUUCUCGCAAAAUUCGUUAAGGCUUAGGCUAGCUGUUUCCCCUCUUUCUUGUCUUUGUGCUAAGCUAAGCUAAUUGGCUUCUGGUUCUAGUUUCAUAAUUAGCCCACAUGUCAUUUUUUCACAUUCUUUGCACCUAACUGUGUUAACUCAUGUUAAACUCAUUUGAUACACUAUGAUAGAAAGAGCUCUUAACUUGUACACAUAUUAAAUUUAAAGAGUUCAA